AUGGCCAUCUAUCUAUUUUUGACAAGAAAAAGGCGGCAAUUAUCGGACUCCCCUCCCGAUAAGGAAAACAUGAAACAGCGCAAUUCUCUUCUCGCACGGGUUUGUUCCGAUGCUCCUCCAGCUGACUGUUGUUACUGGACUCCUCCUACUGCGGCACAGCGAGGGUCUCGGAAUCGUCGGGUGGGAUUAGGAGCACCCCAGCUGCUGGUGGGCAUGGCAGCCGCCGGACGAUCCUCGACAGCAUCAUCCCUGCGCUUGAUCUUGACGUGUCCCUCCUCCUCCUCCUCCCGAUUACGACUGAGACAACCACCUCUCUACUGCAAACCGAUACGCACGAGAUCGUUCCAUUCGAGUCAUGCCUGGUCCGCAGAGAAAAAACCGCGCAUCUCGUAUCGCAUAGCGGGGUCGUGCUCCGCGAAGGGCCGUUGCUUUCAUUUCGAGAAGAAUACCUACGAUUUCGAUCCGACGGUGCACGAGGCCCUGGGUCUUAUUCCCGACGACGGCAACGGCAACAACAAGGACUCUACGGCCAAGCGCAAGAAGCGCCCAGACAGUGGCGAGGAUGCCUUCUUCGUGAGCAGAAUCGGCAACAAAGACAGAGGGGGGGACAAGACAGGAGCUGUCGCGUUCGGUGUCGCGGACGGGGUCGGAGGAUGGGCCGAGUCUAGGGUCGAUCCGGCAGACUUCUCGCAUGGCCUGUGCGGCUAUAUGGCUCGGGAGGCGCUGGCCUGGAGCUCUCCUCCAGAGAAGCUGCGUCCGAAGAAUCUGCUCCAGAUGGGAUAUGACCGCGUGUUGGAGGACCGGUCCAUCGUGGCUGGGGGCAGUACGGCCUCUGUCGGGGUUGCGCAGACAGACGGCAGUGUGGAAUUAGCAAAUCUUGGUGACUCUGGCUCCGUUCUCCUUCGUCUCGCUGCCGUGCAUCAUUACUCUACGCCUCAGACCCAUGCAUUCAACACCCCCUACCAGCUCAGCGUGAUCCCACCCCGAAUGCGCGCGCAGGCCGCCAUUUUUGGUGGUGAAUAUUUCGAGGACUUGCCCCGGGACGCGGCGGUGACCAACGUGAGUAUGCAGCACGGCGACGUCCUCGUGCUCGCGACAGACGGCGUAUUCGACAAUCUCAACAACCAGGAUAUUCUCAAGAUCGUGACGGGCCGGAUGGUGGUAACCGGAGCGUGGACGGGCUCAGCUCAGGGCAGCAUCAGUGUUUCGCCCCGUCUAGCUGAGCUGACUCGACCUGGUGGGCUGGACUCGUCCUCCUCAUCGUCAGGUAAUAACGCCACCACCACCACCACCAACCCUCUCACUCGUCUUACCCUUCAGGGUCUCCUAGCAGCCUCGAUAGUAGGAGAAGCCAAGAUUGCCAGCGUCGACAUGCGGCGCGACGGGCCUUUUGCCAAGGAAGCGCAGCGAUACUUUCCGUCAGAGUAUUACCGUGGCGGCAAGGUUGAUGACAUUUGUGCGCUUGUUAUCAUGGCUGUUGAGGAGGGAUGA